UGAGUUAGACCCUGGGCUAUGGCACUGGCAGCCCGUGUCGUCCCCUGUAAUCUGGGUCCAGUUCCCCACUCUCAGCCUGCUUAGGUCGUCUCUCUGGCUGCAUCUACCCACGUUGGCCUUUUUAGAACAUCCCCACUUCCCUCUGCUUGUGCUCUCUCUCCUGAGUUCAAAGUUGAGCUUCUUCUUCUUCUUCUCCUCUCUCCCUGAUCUUCCCCUUUCUCUCUGACCUUCACUUUGACUCUGAUCCAGAUACUCAAUCUCUCGAGAUACCCGAUACCCUUUAAACAUUUAUUCUUCCUUAAUCUAAUCCUGUCGAGGUUGCUUCCUUCUUUUCAGGACCUCGCUGCUGUCACUCUCUGUUCUUUACUUUCUCUGUCCCUGUCGACUCACGUUGCUCCAACGCAUUCACCCACGUAACAGCUUCUCAAUACCGCAAUCAUGAAGGGACUUAUUCUUGUCGGCGGCUUUGGUACUCGCCUUCGCCCUCUCACCCUCACUCUCCCCAAGCCUCUUGUCGAGUUCGCCAACAAGCCCAUGAUUGUGCACCAGAUUGAGGCGCUGGUCGCAGCGGGUGUCACUGAUAUCGUCCUUGCUGUCAACUACAGACCUGAGAUCAUGGAGAAGUUCUUGGCUGAGUACGAGGAGAAGUACAACAUCAACAUCGAAUUCUCCGUCGAGACUGAGCCCCUCGAUACCGCUGGACCCCUGAAGCUUGCUGAGAGUAUUCUCGCUAAGGACGACUCUCCCUUCUUCGUCCUCAACUCCGAUGUCAUCUGCGACUACCCCUUCCAGGACCUUCUGGCUUUCCACAAGAACCACGGCAAUGAGGGUACCAUUGUCGUCACCAAGGUUGAGGAACCCUCCAAGUAUGGUGUUGUUGUCCACCAGCCCGGUCACCGCUCUUUGAUCGACCGAUUUGUCGAGAAGCCCGUCGAGUUCGUCGGCAACCGUAUCAACGCCGGCAUGUACAUCUUCAACACUUCCAUCCUCGACCGUAUCGAGCUCCGCCCCACUUCUAUCGAGAAGGAGACCUUCCCCGCUAUGGUCAAGGACAACCAGCUUCAUUCUUUCGACCUUGAAGGCUUCUGGAUGGACGUUGGACAGCCCAAGGACUUCCUCAGCGGUACAUGCCUGUACCUCUCUUCCCUCACAAAGAAGGGCAGCAAGGAGCUCACUCCUCCCACUGAGCCCUACGUUCACGGCGGAAAUGUCAUGAUCCACCCCUCUGCCAAGAUUGGCAAGAACUGCAGGAUCGGACCCAAUGUCACGAUCGGUCCUGAUGUCGUUAUCGGUGACGGUGUCCGCCUGCAACGAUGUGUGUUGCUCCGUGGCUCCAAGGUCAAGGACCACGCCUGGGUGAAGUCCACCAUCGUCGGCUGGAACAGCACCGUUGGCCGAUGGGCUCGCCUCGAGAACGUGACAGUUCUCGGCGACGAUGUCACAAUUGGUGAUGAGAUCUACGUCAACGGUGGCAGCGUCCUCCCCCACAAAUCCAUCAAGGCUAACGUCGACAUUCCUGCCAUUAUCAUGUAAGGAGCGAUCUAACGAACCAUCGCCUUAUUCGAAGCUCGCUGGAGGACACACCAGCGAGAUUUCUCAUCUAUGCUCUAAUCUCGAACGACAGCGACGAAGAAGAAUUCAAGAAGCAAAAUUCACCACUCUGGGGAGAUGUGCUGGCCACCAUUCUAUACCAUGGAGGCGGGGCGGGAAGAAAUCAAGAGCCUGCCGCUCUCUCUAUCUUAAUACUUUUGUGCAAUUGUCUAAUGCCCCUUUAUGCGUGUUUAUCUGGCGUCUAGGUCGAUAUUUACAGAGGGCGGGCAGGCAGGCAAGCCAUGGAAGGACAAAAACAAGGCAGUUGGGCAGGCAGGGUUCAUGGCAGCUCUCUGAGGCAGCCAUGUUAAAUGUCUAUGUUACAGUUAUUUGUAUUAAAGAAGGUGGCUCAAUACCAUUUUGAAACUUUA